GUGGGCGUAACGGAAUCGUGUUUGAAUUUCGCUCGCUGUAAGUAUUCGACUCUGUUGCUUAAACACACCAUCCCCACAGCCGAUGAAGUGUCAAUUUUCAGCCGCUCUGCAGCGGAUUGUUUUGGUUGGUCGUGCCGAGCGAUUGUGUGCGGCACAGUCGAGAAGGAUCUCGGAAGCACAUUUUCGGUUCGUCCGACUCGUGCCACUAAUCAAUCAAAUUUGUCAAUAUUGGCUUACUUUGUUCUCCCUAUCGGUGGCCCGAAAAAAGUACACAUUAGAUAACGCCUCGCGAUUAGCAUCCGCGAGUCGUCGUGCCUGGUUGUGAAAAUGUUUCGCUCAGUGUUGGUUUUGCGCUCCGCUAGCAAGUGGCACGGUUACGGAUUUAGUUUCAAGUUGAGUACGGUGACGUCUUUAGCAACGCGAGCGAUGCAUAGCAAUCCCUUGAAGCAGAGCCAGGCCUUUGUAAAUGGCCGCUGGGUUGGCGCCCGUUCGGGAACCACGUUCGAUGUGCAAAAUCCCGCCAACGGGCAAGUUUUGGGUGCCGUGCCGGAUAUGAACCGGGAGGACGUCCAACUGGCCAUCGAUGCGGCAUACGAUGCAUUUUACCAGCCCGGUUGGCAGAAUAGUACCGCGAAGGAGCGGGCCGCACUGCUGAAGAACUGGCAUGCGCUGAUGGAGAAGAAUCGGCAAGAAAUUGCCAGCAUUAUGACGGCGGAAUCGGGCAAACCGUUGGUGGAAUCGCUGGGUGAGGUCACGUACGGCAACUCGUUCGUCGAGUGGUUCGCAGAGGAGGCACGCCGCAUCUACGGUGAAAUCGUCCCGUCGCCCGUAGCGAACCGACAGAUUAUGAUGACACGCAAUCCGGUCGGUGUGGCGGGCUUGAUAACGCCCUGGAACUUUCCUCACGCCAUGAUCACGCGCAAAGCGGCCGCUGCGAUUGCGGCGGGCUGUACGGUAGUUAUUAAACCGGCAGAAGAUACGCCUCUGACAGCGCUAGCAUUGGCUCGCUUGGCUGAGGAGGCUGGCUUCCCGAAAGGUGUUAUCAACGUGAUAACGAGCAGCCGAACACAUGCAGCCGAAAUUGGGCAGUUGCUGUGUGGUAGCGAUAAGGUGGCGGCCAUAUCGUUUACCGGGUCAACCGAAGUUGGCAAGCUGCUCUACCGACAGUGUGCAGAUGGUGUUAAACGUAUCGGGCUGGAACUGGGUGGCAAUGCACCGUUUAUCGUGUUUAAAUCGGCCGACAUGGAGAAAGCUCUCGCCGGGGCCAUGAACUCCAAGUUCCGAAACUGCGGCCAGACAUGCAUUUCCGCCAAUCGGUUCCUCAUCCAGGACGAAGUGCACGAUGAGUUUGUGGAGAAGCUAACUGAGCGGAUUCGUAAGCUUGCGAUAGGCGAUGGCAGUCAGGAAGGCAUUCAGAUUGGUCCGCUUAUCAACCAGGCGCAGCUUACUAAAGUGGACCGUUUCGUGAAGGAUGCGAAGGAGAAAGGAGCCACGAUACGGUGCGGUGGUCAAACCCUGCCGAAACAUGGUUCUCUUUAUUACGAACCGACGGUCGUGACGGACCUGCAGGACAAUAUGCUCCUGUACAAUGAGGAAGUGUUCGGUCCAGUAGUGUCGGUGGUAAGGUUCAAGACGGAAGCCGAAGCACUUGCCAUAGCUAACGGAACGCGUCGUGGACUGGCUGGGUAUUUCUUCUCGAAUGAUCUGAACCAAGUGUUCCGGGUGGCACGCCAACUGGAAACGGGCAUGAUCGGCAUCAAUGAGGGGCUCAUCUCAGCUACCGAGGCGGCAUUCGGUGGAAUCAAAGAGUCGGGCAUUGGGCGUGAAGGCUCACGUCACGGUAUCGAUGAAUAUGUCUACAUUAAGUAUCUUUGCUAUGGCAACCUCCAGUAAAAUGAUGCGAUGAUAUUCGAUAGGCACUAUAGGUGCUACUAGUCAGCUUAACGAAACGAUAAAUUCCGCAGCAUUGAAUGCACACUUGCGCACACCGUAUAACAAGUAACUCCAUUGUACGUCUUCCAUUUGCUUGGACAAGAAAUUACCAGAGCUAGCAUUAAGUUGUAACUGUAUAUGUAAACGAAACUGUUUAAUCAAUAAACAAACUAUAAAGUGUAUGAGCAGUUUAGCGCUGUCUUGACAGUAUGUAUAAUGAUUCGUUAGCAUUAAGCGUUUAGAGCAGAACUUAGUGAGAA